AUGCCACCGUCGACAAGACUCAAAAAUAUUCUGUUUAUCGCCAGUUUCCUCACCUUCAACAUUACCGUACCUACACUCAAUUCCAAGAUGACUCUUAUCCGAGUUGUUGUUUUCACCUACCGGAAAUCCGGCCUUACACUUGAAGAGUUCAAGAGCUAUAGUGAGCAGCAUGGUCACCUCCUCAAGCGUCUGGCUAGCGACGUUUUCCCUAUCUCGCACCGCCGCAGCUACAUUGCCCGCGAGGAGAAAGGUAGCGAUGCCGACGCAACUGAAACGACUGCGCGAAACCCCACGACACCAGCCAAACUUUUCUUGGGCCAACAGUCUGACUUCGAUUUCGAUGCUUACACCGAGUUGACCUUUGCGAGUCAAGAGGCUGUUCAGGCCUACGUGGCCAAGACGAGCCAGCCGGACAUCGCAGCUACGAUUGCGGCAGAUGAGGAGAAGUUCUUGGAUCGUCCCAAGACAGGCAUUGUUUUCCUAGGGGAUGUCACUGAAGUUAACAACGCUUAA